AUGAGUCGCUUAGGGUUUAAAUCCGUGGUCUAUCACGGGGACUUGCGUUUGGGAGAGGUGGACGCUAUCCGGGUCUCGGACCAGAAUUUCCAGUUCCCAAACAACGAGAUUCGCAUCCACAGCGUGUCGCCAAGGAGUAAACGAUGCCCUCCGCUCUCGAUUCUCCAAACGAUUUCUUCGUUUUCGGUUCUAUGCAAACUCGAGUCGUCCUUGCCCGUCGAACAGUCGCAUCUGAUCAAUCUCCACGCCGAGUGCUUCGACAAAAAUAAGACGGCCGUGGUAUUGAUUGGGGACGAAGAAAUUCAUUUGGUGGCAAUGCCAAGUAAGCAGAACAAGUUUCCGUGCUUUUGGUGCUAUUCGGUUCCUGCAGGUCUGUACAAUGCGAGCUUGGGGAUGCUGAAUCUGUGUUGUCUGGCGAUCGUGUUCGAUCUUGAUGAAACGCUCAUCGUUGCGAACACAAUGAAGUCGUUUGAGGACAGAAUUGAGGCGCUUCGAAGCUCGGUUGCACGCCAGACUGAUCAGGUGCGCGUGUUGGAAAUGAUUGCCGAGAUGAAGCGGUACAUUGAUGAUCGAAUGCUGUUGAAGCAGUACAGGGAGAACGAUUAUGUGGUGGAUAGUGAUGGGAAGGUAUAUAAGGUGCAAUUGGAGGAGGUUCUGCGGCUAUCUGAUAACCAUGAACGAGUUGUUCGGCCUGUAAUACGGUUGCAAGAAAAGAAUAUUGUCCUUACUCGUAUCAAUCCUGAGAAUCGUGAUACCAGUGUGCUUGUGAGGUUGCGACCCGCGUGGGAGGAUUUGAGAAGCUAUUUAACUGUAAAAGGUAGGAAACGGUUUGAAGUUUAUGUGUGCACUAUGGCAGAAAGAGAUUAUGCCUUAGAAAUGUGGAGGCUUCUCGACCCGGAGGCACAACUUAUAGGUUCAAAUAAACUCCUGGACCGCGUUAUAUGUGUCAAAUCAGGCUCCAGGAAAUCGUUGCUAAAUGUCUUCCGGGAUGGCAUGUGUCAUCCAAAGAUGGCAAUGGUAAUUGAUGACCGUUCAAUGGUUUGGGAAGAUAAGGACCAACCUCGAGUUCAUGUAGUUCCUGCAUUCACUCCUUAUUAUGCUCCUCAGGCAGAGGCAGCUCAUGCUGUUCCAGUCCUUCGUGUAGCAAGAAACGUCGCAUGCAAUGUCAGAAGUUACUUUUUCAAAGAGUUCGAUAUGAAUUUAUUACAAAGAAUCUCGGAAGUAUUUUAUGAAGAUGAGGUGGUAAAUUUACCUCCUGCUCCUGAUGUGAGCGACUACAUGAUGCCAGAGGAUGCGGGAUUUGUACCAAAUGGUAAUAAUGCUCCCAUUAGUGAAGGGAUGAAUGGUGUCGAAGUUGAACGAAGGUUAAACCUAACGGAUCAGAAGUAUAUCAACGACUUGGCUACUCCUUCAUUGACAAGUCGUCCUGAGUUAAGAUAUGAAACCUCUCAACCUCCUCUUUCAAUCUUACCAAAUGUCAUCGGCCACACAUUUACAAGACCAUUGAUGCCUUCUCAGAAGCCUGGUUUACUUGGAGCUCCCGUUAGACGAGAUGCAAUCUCAUCUGAUUGUGAUUUUGAUAUGAAGAGAGGACUCCUUACAACAAAGCGUGGUCCAGAUAUAAGGAAUCAAAGCUCAGGUGAACCUCCUAUUUUGUCAAGAUUACAUACACAAUCAGCAUCAGUGAUGCAGCCACAGGGAGGCUGGUUGGUGGAAGAUGAUAUCAGUAGAGGACAUUCAAAUAAUCAACCUUUGGGAUUUGUUCAAGAUGCUGAACCAUUAAAACCUGAUAAACAGCGUGCCCAUCUAAAUCCAGUUCCUCGUAGCACACCAGGAUCUACUCCUACUGGUUUAUUCUCACAAACAUCCCAAGUGAAGGUUGAAGAGGCAUGUGCUGGUUAUGGUUUGCAAAAUCAAAAUCUUCCACUUGCAAGUCAGCUAUCAGAGGUUGGUGUAUCUGAAAAUCAGGUGUCCAAUAGCAGAGAGGUUGCACGUAGAUGCAGCUCCAAGGUUGAAUUCAGGUCUGUUGUAAGCACCAGUAAAGAUUUGCAAUUUUCUGUUCAGCCUUGUCUAGGUUUUCCAGCUUUGGAUGCCACUCAGGAGGACAAACAACAAUUUGAUCGUUGGAAUCAUUUCAACGAGUUGGCGAGAACCUUCAUCUUGACAUCUUUGUCAGAUAAUCUCAUGGACGGCCUUUCACUCGAUUCAAACAUGUUGGUUAGUCUGAAGCAGAAAUUUGGUGAAGAAAAUAACGCUGCUAGGCAGGACACGACAAAGAGUCUAAUUGAUACUAGAAUGACUAAAGAAGUUCUAGUUCGCAAUCAUUGUCAAGAUAUGAUUGCAUGCUUAGAAGAACUGGAGGUGUUGGAUGCCAAGAUUGAUUGUCAACCUCGAGUGGAUGAGAUCCUUGAGUCUCUGUCAAAGUCAUUCAAUCAAUACAAACGUAGUGUUUCCAUGAACAAAAAGGCGAAUAAAAAGGCUUACAAAAAGGUUCAAGCUGCUUCUUCUGAGUCGAAAGGCCGGAAAAAGAAGAAGGGUUUUAAAAGAGAUGGCAAGCAAGUUGCCAUAGGAGUGAAUGGAGCAGGGAACAAAAUAGUAAAAGUUAAGUCCAAAGGAAAGUGUUUCCAUUGUGGCGCAGAAGGGCAUUGGUUAAGAAACUGCCCUAAGUAUAUGGAUUUCAAACGCCAAGGGGUUUUCAAGAGAUUAAAUAACUGAGAGAAUGGAAGAUGUGCUGACCCUUGAAGGAAUGUAGAUUUUAGUUUUAUCUGUUAGAGU